UUUACCUCGUAACCAUGGCAACGAUAUACAUAAGUGGUUGAACUCGAGACCAUAUGGUUAUUAAACGGAGAACAUUUAAGUUAAUGAUUUAAAAUAUUAGUUUUGCAAACGGCAUAAAUAUCUUACAUUAAUUGAUUAAGAUGGGAGAAGAAACUAGGAGAAAAGGGAAAAGAAAAGCAAGCGAAAAAUCAAUUAAGGAAACAAAAAAAGCCAAAAAAUGUGUUCCAGAAAUGUCACAAAAAUCUAGCAAACGAGCCAUCGGAGAAAAAAAUCCUUGCCAUGUUUGCGGAGAGAAGGCGAGAUCUUACAAUUUUGGAGGCAUGUCGUGCAACUGUUGUAAAUCUUUCUUCCGACAUUUUGUCUUAACCAAUGUCAAGGAUAAUACAUCCAUCGAACGUUUUAAGAAGGAUUGCAAGUUUAAAGGAGACUGUGAAAUUGACCAAUUGACAAGAAAAAAGUGCAAAACUUGUAGAUUUUUUAAAUGCGUUAAAAUUGGAAUGGACCCCAAUUGGGUCUUGUCAGAUUUUAAAAAGAUACAAGAAUUGAAGCAGAAAUCCAGCGCUGGCCAAGUCGAAAAAGAGCCAAUUCUUCCCAUCACUAAAAGUCCAAAUGAUGAAAAAUUGACUGACGAGGAUGUCACAAGAGUUGAAAAUAUUUCGCAAUAUUAUAAAACUGCGUGUGAACAAAUUCCUUACAUGUUUCCAUCCCGAAAGAAAAAUGAAGUCGUUAGUACCACAAAAACUCGAAUAUUACUGAUUGGAUUAAUUUCCACUUCGAUUCGAAGGUUCGUAUAUUUCGCGAAAAUGAUUCCCGAAUUUGCUAAUCUUUCUUUGCACGACCAAACCAAUUUAUUAAGACGGUCAGGAAUGCAAAUGGGAAUGCUGAGGGGAUCAGUGACAUUCGAUUUCGACAAACUUAUGAUCACCUCAUUGGAUAGCGGAUUUCCAGAGAAUUACCCUGAUAUCAGUUUGGCCGAAAUUAAAAAUAUCUGUCCCCACGACCUGACCGAAAUGCAUACUCAAUUAUACCGGAGGAUUCGAACUAUUGCCCCUGACGAGGCGAGCAUCAUGCUUUUGAUUGCUGUCGUACUGUUCUCGGAUUGUGGUUUAAUAACCGAUGGUUGCACAGAGUUUGAGGACCGAGCAGCAAUCAAUUCAGCACAAGAAUUAUACACUGCAUUGUUAGAAAAAUAUGUAAAAUUUAAACACGGCGAUGCAAAAGGGAGACUUACAUUUGCAAAGCUCUUAUCACAACUUGUGGAAUUGACAACAGUUUGCCAGCUGCAUCAGGGACUACCCCUCAAUUUAUCGGAGCACCAGGUCGAUAAAAUGCAUAAACACCUCUUGGAACUUCAAAGAAAGUCGAAUAUUUCGCCACCUCCUAACCAGAAACAUAUCGUAGCGGAACGAAAUCAGUUCAGAGAACUCAAGAAAUACUACAGAAAAGAGACGUCCUGUAAAAGCAAUCAGCCACCGAGAGUUGAGUCCCCUGAGAUCUUGAAACCAAGUGAGACGGCCAGGAACUCGGAGGCAUUUCAAUUGCUAAUUCGUACCUUUGUAAACGUUAGUGGGGAGUGGGGGAUUAAACCUGCUAAUUUUGCUCACGGUCCGCACAUAGGCAUUAAUCGAGCCUUCAUGCGAAGAAUCCCAGAACUUUUGCUGGACCCAUGGGAUUGUUUGGUCAAUGAAACGAACGAUUAUUAAUUAAUUAUGAGAUUUAUGGUAGGGUAUUGUUUUCGUAUUAGAUAAACUGAAAUCAGUAGCGUUGAAAUAAAUAUCUGUAAACUGUCGUAAUUAUAUAAAUCAACAUCGUUUAAAACUGCUUACUCUA